AUGACUUCCUCAGCCCAGCUCCUGUGCCAGCCGCCGGCUGCUUGCUUGCUGUUUACUGUUCAUUUUACACCUCUUGGCCAGUUACCACCCGUCAUACUGUUUCAUGUUACAGAGGAGGCAGUAGCAGGGGGCCAGGUUGGGGCCCACGACUGGCGCCUCUUGGUCUGUCUUGCCUACACUGACGGCGACACCUCCGCCUGCCUCCCCAGGAAGCUCCUCCCAGCUCUCUCUCCCCACCAGAAGGUGGGUCGUGUCCCAGGGCUGCGAGGAACGUUGUGGAGGCGGGAAGCCCUCUGCGAGCUUCUCCACGCCUCCCGCCUCGUCCCGCCCGUGCGCGGCCUCGUCCCCGUCUGCUACGCCCUUCCCGCCCACGCCGCUCACCUCACCGCCGCCGCCCACGCCCUCCCGGACACCGCCCAGUGGGUGGUGAAGGCCGCUCACUCCGGAAAGGGGGUCACCGUUAUCGACAACCGGAAACUGCUCGAAGAUCUCCGUGACAAAAGGUUGGGGUCAGGGCAGGUGGUACAGGCCCACUGGGGUCCACCCUUGCAGGUGUUGGGUGCCUACGUCUCCGUCCGCCUCUACCUCCUGAUCACCUCUCUCCAGCCCCUCCGCGCCCACGCCCACACCCACGGCGAGGUGGUCUUCCGCCACCCACCUGCCAGGGGCUACGCUAAGAUGCAGGGCCGCGUGUGGACCUGGACGGAACUGGUGUCAUGGGUGGGCCGCACCUCUGGGGAGGAGGCCACGCGGGCCAUGGUGGGCCACACCGAGCUGGUCCUGGCCACGCUGGCCCUGGCAGCUGAUAUCCUCCUGCCGCCCAAGCUCCACAACCUCAGGAGGGCAUCACGGCGAUACAGGUGCGAGGGUUGCUACCAGUUGCUCGGGAUCGAUCUUGUCUACAACUCCAGUUUCUACCCUGCCCUCCUGGGGGUCAGUGGCCAACCAGACCUCUCCUUCACGGAGUCCCAUCUCGCUGCCCACAACCCCCACGCCCUCGGUAGGAUCCAAGUGGCUGGAGAUGUAUUGACGCUUCUGACCAGGGAGGCUCAGGUGGUGCCACAGGUGAAUGAGGCGCUAGUCGAGGCCUCUGAUAACUUAGGGGUGGUAGGAGUGGACUGCCUCAUCUCCCACGAGCUCUGCCUCACCCAGCCAGACCUUCAGUACCUCCUUGACACAAGGAGAGAGAGUGGGGCCUUUACCAAACCCACAGAGAACGGGUUAUUGGACAGGGACACUUCACUAGGCCUGCAGGAGCUCCAGGAAGGUGGAGGAACGGGGUGGCUAUUUUACAACGAUUCGUACACGGCGGGACAAGGCAAGAUGGCACCUUCGAGAAAUGCGAGGAUAACUGACGAUCAGUUUGUUCAAAUGUCCGAUACCAGACAGACAGCAAAGAAGAAAAAGAAGUCUGGGUUUACCAUGAUUUACCCGUCUCCUGUUGGCCGCUUUUAUGAUCAGGUGAUCACAGACCUGUACCACGCUGUUUCCUUCAACACCAGCACAGCCUUCGCCACCGCUGCCUACCUCCUCACGGAGAGCUGGCGGCAUGUGACCCGGGAUCUGCAUAGUCUGGUGACAUCACUGGAGGCCCACUACCGCUCGCUUCCUCCAGGCGUCACACCCAUGCUUGCCAGCCUGGACCUUAAUGAAAAUGAAGACAUUGAGGAGAAGUGGCUGAAGCAUCAGGAGCAGGGUCACAGCCGCUGUAUGCAAGAUCUGGCUACAGCACCAUACCUCCAGCGAAUCAUUCUGGUGCCAGACAUUGCUCUUGUGCCAACUUUCACCCCGCUUGUGACCACCUACUGGGCCCAAGUGGAGUAUGAGGUAAUCAUGGUCCAAGUGACUGGAGUAGCCCUUCACUGCCAAGCUGAAGCAAGGCUAGACGAUAAAUUUGGUCCAUCUACGUUGGUGAACCAUACGCUCGGACUGGGUGAGAACCGGGUUGUAUUGGCCGUGGUGGAUAUCGGCCACUCUGAACCCUGGACCCUCAACACGUACACACUGCAUCUCACCCGGCGGCCCCCGCCCAUACCCUCUCCUGACAUCACCAUGAACACUCACCAGAUCUGUGCUCUCAAGCAGGAGUGUGAGCUGAGGAUUGCCCCUUCGGAACCAUGUGGCCUCGGCAUGGAGUCUUCCUUUAAUUCCUGGAGAGACUUCCUCGCCCACAGCCAGUCUCUCCCUGCAUGCCCACAAGGAAACAUCCAUGGUCGGUGGAUGGUACCAUGCGAGUCGUGCGAGCGUCGGGCCUCUUGCGACUGGUCCCGGACGCUAUGGCAGCCCUUCACCUGCACCCACCCUACUCUCUCCUUGCACCGUCUCCGCCACUGUCUGCACGGCAAGACGCUGGUGUUUCUGGGAGACAGCACGAAUAGAGGGAUGCUGUAUGCUCUGCUGGAGCGUCUCAAUGGCACCCUCACCACCUGGGACAAGACUCAUGAUUUGAGGGUCAUCCGAGGCGCCAACCAGGGACACACCACCUUCGCCUUUGCGUAUUAUCCAAAGUUCUGGCUCCCUUCCAACCAGAGGCCCGUCUUCGACCAAACCCUCUACCAGCUCCUGCUGAGGGCUGGACCACUACACAACAGUUCUGACACCGUGGUGGUGAUAGGAGGAGUCCACUGGGUCGCUGCUCAACAUUUACAUAUGGUCUCCUCGGCUCUCCGCAGGGAAGGUCUGGAAGGCGCCAAAGUCAUUCUCAAGACACUAGGAGCUGGUUUCCACGUUGCUGCACCAGGAGUCCACACUGUGUCCCUGCGUGACCACUCCCGCCUGCUGGAGCACUCCAUGAACCUGGCAUCGUACGCUCACCAUCGUGGCUAUCACGUUGUUGACACCUUCAACAUGACUGCAGCACGCUAUAGACACUUUCUUCAAGGAAAGUGUGCAUGUCACUUUCAUCAGGUGGUGGCAAGACGCAAGCCAGGAGGGGAAACGGUGUAUCAUGUAGAGGGGGAGAUCAACGCCAUCUACACCAACAUACUUGCCAACGCCAUAUGCCCCCACCACCUACCUGCCAGAUGAUGAUAGUUCAUUAUGGGGUCAUAGUAUCCAUCAACCACUGAGAAAGGACUUCGAUUGGCUUCCAGCUUCCUAGUGUUGUGUAACAUAUUGACAUCAGAAAAUGACAUGUUUUUAUUAUUCAUUAACUUCCCCAUUUGGAAUAGUAUAUCUCCAUAGCCAUUAGAUACUGGUAUUAUAAAUUUACACUGUGAUGGUUAGAAAUUGGCUUAUUAAAGCAAAUGCCUUGUAGUAAUUACCUUUUUGCUUAUGGUAGGGAAUGUGACAAAUUUUACUUUUCAUUUAGUGGUUGGACACAUUCAGCAUUUCUCACCAAAAAUAUAAAUUUAUAAAUUUUAUUGUACUGUUAAAAAUAUAGCACUAUAUAAAAUUAUUCACUACUGUAGUAGCUGUCAUAUCAAAAAAUUAAUGUAUUCACUGCUCCACAAAAAGGAAUAGUUUAUGCAAUAAACAUUUCAUAAAAACUGCAUUUAUGUUGGUAGUAUUCUAACUCUUAACUGUAAUUGACAACUCAAAUGCAUGACAUACUUCCUAACUACAGAAGUGAAUACGUGUGCUUGUGUGUGUGUAUAAUUACCCAAGUGUAGUUACAGGACAAGAGCUAUGCUCGUAGUGUCCCGUCUUCCCAGUAAAAAUGGAAGAUAGCUCUUAAGUGUGGGCUGGACCUGGUGACCGUCAGGACUCUGUUGGUCGUCCCCACAACCUGGCCAUGACUUCCUAAAACUAUUACGGGAUAGAGAGACUGUUCUGCCAAGAACAUUCAUUUUAUCAAUGCCAGACUUACCCUAAAAAGUGUGUGUGUGUGU